AUGGAGUUGUUCUGGCUGUGGAUACCUGGUUUGGGCUCUCUGAUGCUUGCAGGAAUCUUGACUCUUCCCAUCGAUCAGGAGCAGUGGCUGAGACCUGAGGAUGUGGAGCUGGCUGAGAGCUACCUCAGCAUGUUUUACAACCUGAACCGUGGAGACAGAGCAACGAGAAGGCGGAUCAGGUCCACGUCAGCUGUGGAGGAGAAGAUCAGAGAGAUGCAAAACUUCUUUGGUCUAAGAGAGACGGGUCAUCUGGACCGUGACACCCUGGAUGUGAUGAAAGAGCCGAGGUGUGGCGUUUCAGAUGUUGAAAACUUUAGUUUUUACCCGGGGAGGCCAAAAUGGAAGAACCACACCAUCACAUACAGGAUUGAAAAAUACACUUCAGAUAUGAAGAGAGAGGAUGUGGAAAAGUCCUUUAGCUCAGCCCUGAAGAUGUGGAGCGAUGAAGCCCCACUGAGGUUCAUCAGAGUCCACCAUGGCAAAGCUGAUAUUGUCCUCUCCUUUGCCCGUGGAUUUCAUGGGGAUUUCUUUCCCUUCGAUGGACCUCGUGGCGUGCUGGCUCAUGCUUUCCAGCCUGGAGAGGGGAUGGGAGGAGACGUGCACUUUGACGAGGAUGAAACCUGGACAGUAGGGAAGAAAGGUUACAGUCUGUUUGCGGUCGCAGCUCAUGAGCUGGGACACUCACUGGGUUUGACUCACUCUCGAGACCCCUCGGCCAUCAUGUACCCCAACUACAGAUCUAAAAGUAAUACACAGUACUCGCUGUCCAAAGAUGAUGUGCUUGGGAUCCAAACACUGUACGGAAAACCCACAAGAAAAGAAGAAACCAGUUCAGCCCCCAAAAAGUGCGACCCCGGCUUUUCUUUCGAUGCAGCCAUUAUGAUUUCAGACGAGAUUGUUUUCUUUAAAAACAGGUACAUGUGGAUGAGAACAACAAAGUCGACUUAUUGGAAUCGCCUGAGAGAGAGCCCCAGCAGCGUGUAUUUACCCAGCAUCAGCUCUCAUGUUGAUGCUGCUUACGACAUCCCUGCCAAAGGCGUGGCGUACAUAUUCACUGGUCCUAAGUACUGGGUGGUUCAACAGCUUAAGAUGAAAAGUCAAGCCGGCUCCAUCCAAGAAUACGGCUUCUCCUCCAGAGUCCAGCAGGUCGACGCUGCAGUGCACAUCGCUGAAAAUGGAAAGACAGUCUUCUUCAUAGGAGAGGUUUAUUACAGGUUUGAUGAGCGCAGGAGGAUGAUGGACCCUGGUUUUCCCAGACUAAUCCGCACUGACUGGCCUGGACUCCCCAAAAGGAUCGACGCUGCCUUCAAGUUACAGGGCAGCAUCUUCAUCUUCAGUGGGACAAAGUCGUACCAGUAUGACUUCAGGAAAAAACAGGUGGUUAAUGUAAUUUCAGCAAAUUCCUGGCUAGGAUGCUAA